UCGGUACUUGUUAGUUGGCAUUUCAGACUGAAACACUGAAUCAUUGCUGUCAAUAUGGCAAGUCUUUCCACCAUCGUGGCCAUGCUGGCUGUGUUGUCCAGUGGGUUUUGUGAGGAGAAGAACUUCCUGCAGCGAGCUGGCAUGGCCUUCACCGACAGACAGUACAGGUCCCUGCUCACGGUGCCCAACGGAGAGAGAUUUGGAUACUGGACCUGGUCCGAGAUGUGUCCUGAAAAGUUCUUUGCUGUUGGCUUCAGUCUCAGGGUGGAGUCUAAUCAGUACGUUGCGGAUGACACCGCUCUGAAUGGGAUCCGCCUCAUCUGCGCCCAAGACGAGAACCGAAGCUUCGUGUACUCUAUCGAAUCCCAUACUGGCUACUUUGGUGACUGGUCACCUCCCCAGUACUGCCCCAAGGGCAUGCUCACAUCUUUCCAGAUCCGCGUGCAGCCCCAUCAGGGUCUGUUUGGUGACGACACGGCUAUCAACAACAUCAAGUUCCGCUGCAGCAGCAACCCUCUGCUGGAGGGCAUGGGCCUGGACUGGGGAGUGUACGGCUCCUGGAGCGAGGAGUGUGGUGACGGAGGAAUCUGUGGCAUCGAGACCAAGAUGGAGAAGUACCAGUAUGGCCUGGAUGACUCCACUCUCAAUGACGUGCGCUUCCAUUGCUGUGCCAAGCCUCAGCAGUGAACAGCAAGUUAACAUCAAGCAGACCGGAGCAGUUUGAUCCACCCUCAAAGCUGAUGAAUAAUAAAAAGCUUAUUUGAAUUG